AGGAGUCUCUGGGCUUCCGCUGGCGAGUUCGGUUGUGGCUGGGGGAGGGAGGGAAAAAGUAGCCAGUUGGGAACGUGUUGGCGACAGAGCAGCGAAGCUGAAGGUGCUGGAGUGUGUGGCGAUACAUUGUAACCAUGGGGCCUGAGUGAAACAUGUUCUUCCAACUACAAAUGGAGACUUUAUUACUAACGUUGAUCGCUUUUAGUCACUACUUGGUUGCAACAGCAUCACCUCUGCUGCUUUUCGCUAAUAGGCGGGACGUCAGAUUGGUAGAUGCAGAAACAGUGAGACCUGAAUCUACUGUAGUAGUCAGUGGUUUGGAGGAUGCAGCUGCAGUUGACUUUUUGUAUUCUGAAGGUGCGAUUUAUUGGACUGACGUGAGUGAAGAAGCCAUUAAACAAACAUACGUGAACCUAACUGGGAAUGUGCAGAAAGUGAUCAUCUCUGGUCUCGUUUCACCAGAUGGAUUAGCUUGUGACUGGUUAGGCAAGAAGCUCUAUUGGACAGACUCUGAAACUAAUCGGAUAGAGGUUGCCAAUCUCAAUGGAAUGUCUCGAAAGGUCCUUUUCUGGCAGGAUCUUGAUCAACCAAGAGCUAUUGCACUUGAUCCACAGCAUGGGUACAUGUAUUGGACAGACUGGGGUGAAAUACCAAGAAUUGAGCGAGCUGGUAUGGAUGGCAGCAGUCGUUCUGUUAUUGUGGACUCUGAUAUUUACUGGCCAAAUGGACUGACAAUUGACAUAGAGGAACAGAAACUUUACUGGGCAGAUGCAAAGCUGAGUUUUAUUCAUAGAUCCAACUUGGAUGGCUCUUUCAGGCAAAAAGUUGUGCAAGGUACUCUGACUCACCCAUUCGCCCUGACAUUGUUUGGCGAAACCUUGUACUGGACAGAUUGGCAAACCCGCUCAAUCCAUGCUUGUAACAAGAGGACUGGUACAAACAAACGGGAGAUACUUGUCAGUAUUUACUCUCCCAUGGAUAUCCAGGUCUUCAGUCAGGCGAGGCAGCCGCACAUUCACAUCCCAUGUGAUGAAAGUAAUGGAGGAUGUUCUCACUUAUGCCUGCUUUCCCCAAAAGAACCAUUCUUCAGAUGUGCCUGCCCAACUGGCGUCCAGCUAGAAAAAGAUGGAAAGAUUUGUAAAAAAGGUGCUGAAGAGGUCUUGCUGCUUGCAAGAAGAACAGACCUACGACGUAUCUCCUUGGACAUGCCAGAUUUCACAGAUGUUAUUCUUCAGCUCGAUGAUAUUCGACAUGCAAUAGCAGUAGACUAUGAUCCAGUGGAGGGAUAUAUUUACUGGACUGAUGAUGAAGUUAGAGCUAUUCGUCGUGCAUUUCUGGAUGGCUCAGGAGCCCAGACAUUAGUGACCACAGAAAUUAACCAUCCAGAUGGAAUAGCUGUUGAUUGGAUAGCACGAAAUCUUUAUUGGACUGAUACAGGAGCUGACCGCAUUGAAGUGACCCGGCUUAAUGGGACGUCUAGAAAAAUACUGGUAGCAGAAGGUCUUGAUGAACCACGAGCAAUUGUCCUUAAUCCAGUGACUGGCUAUAUGUACUGGACAGAUUGGGGUGAAAACCCGAAGAUAGAACGUGCAAACCUGGAUGGCUCUGACCGAAUAAUUCUGGUAAACACCUCUCUGGGUUGGCCCAAUGGCUUGGCAUUGGACUAUGCUGAAAACAAACUUUAUUGGGGUGAUGCCAAAACAGACAAAAUUGAAGUGAUUAAUGUGGAUGGAACUGGUCGUAGGACACUUGUAGAAGAUAAACUUCCUCACAUAUUCGGAUUCACUUUAUUGGGUGAUUACAUCUACUGGACAGACUGGCAGAGACGAAGCAUUGAGCGUGUUCAUAAGCACCAUGCAGAGAGAGAAAUCAUCAUUGAUCAGCUACCUGAUCUUAUGGGACUGAAAGCAACAAGAGUAACAAAAGCAUUUGGAUCAAACCCUUGUUCGAAGAAUAAUGGUGGCUGCAGUCACCUAUGUUUGUAUGUGCCUCAGGGUCCACGUUGUGCCUGUCCAAUGGGCCUGGAGUUAAUCAGGGACAUGAAAACCUGCAUUGUACCUGAAGCCUUCCUGCUGUUCUCCAGUAGAGCAGACAUCCGUAGAAUUUCCUUGGAGACCAACAACAAUGAUGUGGCAAUUCCAUUAACAGGGGUGAAGGAAGCUUCUGCUCUCGAUUUUGAUGUUUCUGAUAACAGAAUUUAUUGGACAGACAUCAGUUUAAAGACCAUCAGUCGUGCUUUCAUGAAUGGAAGCUCCGUUGAGCACGUGAUUGAGUUUGGUCUUGAUUACCCUGAAGGAAUGGCAGUAGACUGGUUGUCAAAAAACCUCUACUGGGCAGACACGGGCACCAAUCGAAUUGAAGUGGCACGGCUGGAUGGGCAAUAUCGACAGGUUUUGGUUUGGAAAGAAUUGGACAAUCCACGUGCUUUGGCUCUUGAUCCUUCUGAUGGAUACAUGUACUGGACUGAAUGGGGUGGUAAACCAAGAAUUGUCCGUGCCCACAUGGAUGGUACGAAUAGUGCUGCAUUGGUGGACAGAGUGGGACGUGCCAAUGGACUUACUAUUGACUAUGUGGAGAAAAGACUGUACUGGACUGACCUGGAUACGUCAAUGAUUGAAUCUUCAAAUAUGCUAGGAAAACAGCGCGAAAUCAUAGCUGAUGAUCUGCCUCACCCUUUUGGACUAACGCAGUACCGAGAUUACAUCUACUGGACUGACUGGAAUCUUCGCAGUAUUGAGCGUGCUGACAAGAUGAAUGGACAAAACCGUACUCUUAUUCAGGGACAUUUGGACUAUGUGAUGGACAUUCUAGUUUUUCAUUCUUCACGGCAAGAUGGCUGGAACGAAUGUGUGCAAACCAAUGGUCACUGUUCUCACCUUUGCCUUGCUGUGCCAACUGGGUAUAGGUGUGGGUGUGCUUCACAUUACAUUCUUGAUGAUAAUAACAGGACUUGCACUUCACCCAUCAACUUCUUGCUGUUCAGUCAGAAGACUGCAAUUAGUCGUAUGGUGUUGGAUGAACACCAAAGCCCAGAUAUAAUAUUGCCUGUACAUGGUUUGCGUAAUGUGAAGUCAGUGGAGUAUGAUGCUGUUGACAAGUUGAUUUACUGGGUAGAUGGACGCCAAAAUGUCAUCAAAAGAGCUAGAGAUGAUGGCUCUCAGGCAUUUGUGGUAGUCUCUGGGCCAAACCAAAGUCAAAACCCAGAUAUACAGCCUCAUGACUUAAGCCUUGAUAUCUACAGUCGAACUGUCUACUGGACUUGUGAAACAUCCAACACCAUCAAUGUUAAUAGGCUUAAUGGAAAGCCCAUUGGAAUAGUUCUCCGUGGAGAACAUGACCGACCAAGAGCUAUUGUUGUGAAUGCAGAAAGAGGGUAUAUGUACUUCACAAACAUGCAGGACAGGUCUCCAAAGAUUGAGCGUGCAGCACUUGAUGGUACUGAAAGAGAAGUAUUAUUUUCAACUGGAUUGAUCCGACCUGUUGAUUUGGCAAUUGAUAACAAACUGGGGAAACUCUUCUGGGUUGAUGCAGAUCUGAAACGCAUUGAAAGCAGUGAUUUAUCUGGUGCCAAUAGACUGACGUUGCAGGAUUCCAGCAUCCUUCAACCAAUGGGACUUGCUAUACUUGGUGACUACAUUUAUUGGAUUGACCGUCAACAGCAGAUGAUUGAGUGCAUAGAAAAGAUUAAUGGAGACCACCGUACAAGAAUUCAGGGCAGAAUAGUUCACCUUACUGGUAUCCAUGCAGUAGAAGAACUGAAUGUAGAAGAAUUUAGUUCACAUCCUUGUUCCCGUGAUAAUGGUGGUUGCUCACAUAUCUGCAUUGCAAAAGGUGAUGGGACACCACGAUGCUCAUGUCCAGUACACUUGGUGUUGUUACAGAACCUACUGACAUGUGGAGAACCACCGACCUGUUCACCAGAACAAUUUACCUGUGCUACUGGAGAGAUUGAUUGUAUCCCAAUGGCAUGGCGUUGUGAUGGCUUUGCAGAAUGUGAUGAUGAUAGUGAUGAGGAAAACUGCCCAAUCUGUUCUGCCAACCAUUUUCAGUGUGAAAAGGGCCAAUGCAUUGAUGGACGUUUACGAUGUAACGGUGAAGUAGAUUGUCAGGAUAAAUCGGACGAGGAAAACUGUGCUGUGAUCUGUCAUCCCAACCAAUUCCGCUGCAACAGUGGUCAGUGCAUUUUGAAGAAGCAACGUUGCAACUCAUUUCCUGAUUGCCAUGAUAGUUCAGAUGAACUUCUUUGUGAAUUAACUAAAGCUUCAGUGAAUGAGUUUCAGUCUCAUAGCAGUGCAAUUGGACCUGUCAUUGGUAUAAUCCUUUCACUCUUUGUAAUGGGUGGUAUGUACUUCGUCUGUCAGCGAGUCGUCUGUCGCCGUUACAAGGGACCCAAUGGACCUUUUCCACAUGAAUAUAUCAGUGGAACCCCACAUGUUCCCCUUAAUUUUAUUGCUCCCAGCAGUUCACAGCAUGGCACUUUCACUGGCAUGUCAUGUGGCAAGUCCAUGAUCAGCUCCAUGAGUCUAAUGGGAGGGAGCAAUGGGGCCCCACUGUAUGAUAGAAAUCAUGUGACCGGAGCCUCCUCCAGCAGUUCAUCGAGUACAAAAGGAACCUUCUAUCCACAGAUUUUAAACCCACCUCCAUCUCCAGCCACUGAUCGUUCUCUCUAUAAUACUGAAGUGUGCUACUCCUCCAACAGUCCUUCCACUACAAGGUCUUACAGACAUUACAUUAUGCAAAGUGUGGCACCACCAACAACUCCAUGCAGUACCGAUGUAUGCGAUAGUGACUAUACCACAAGCCGGUGGAAGAGUCCCAAAUACUAUGUGGAUCUGAACUCUGAUUCAGAUCCUUACCCACCACCCCCUACCCCUCGAAGUCCAUAUAUGUCAGCAGAAGAGAACUGUGAAAGUUGUCCACCAUCACCUUCCACAGAACGAAGCUACUUUCAUCUUUGUCCUCCCCCUCCAUCUCCCUGUACAGAUUCCUCAUGACCCUAUAAAAAGAAACAUUUUUAUAAUUCUGUACAUAGCUUUAAAUACAAACAGAGAGAAAGUAUAUUUUAUGAAUUAAAAAUAAGAGAUGGGUGGGAUUAUCCAAAGGACAGUGUACAGAGAAUAUGAGCUGGUCGAUAGGGGCAAUGGAGUUUUGUACAGUUGGAAAGAAAAAUAUAUAUAACUGUCUUUUUUUCUUAAGUAAAUACACCACUUGCACCUUUGUGCCAUAUGCUCAUUAUACAGAACAAAUGGGGAAGCAAAAGUAUAAGAAGUUCACAAAUGCUGGCACAGGCACAAUAGGCCAAAUGGUUUCAUUCUGUGCCCUAUAAUUUUAGUUAGGAGAAACCAUAUUAGAAAUGAAAUUACAGAAUGCCAUAUUCAUGGAUACUAGUGAACAAUUGUUUAUUUUAUACUUUUUCUACCUGUAUAUCAACAUUAUACCUGCUGUUCUGUGGACUUUAAGCACUUCAUUAUUAAUAUUUCCAAUCAGAAUGUCAUGUUCUGUUCUGAAAGCACACGUUAUUGUAUUAUGGAAUCAGUACACACAUCCCUCAGUGUCAAUUACAUGAACUUGAAAAUAAACCACUAGCCAGAAUUUUUGUAAGUUUAGUGUCACAGUGGGUUAGCAUACUAUCCUUUCAUGUCAAGGACCUGUGUUUGGAUUCAGCCUAGAUUGAUGGCGUUGAAGUCUGUUAUCUUUGCUGUUUCUAAUGAUACGAAGAAAUUAAUUUAAGCAGUAUCAGUCCAGCUCCUAGAGGGUCCAGGUUCAAGACACAAUAAUAAUCCAUAACCCCAUGGUAAAUUUAUACUGGCACUCAGGAUUCCUGGUGUGGGAAAUAAUAGCAUCACGCUGGUACCUUUUAAGGAGUGCACCUCUGAGGUUGGGAUGAAAAUAUAUUGAGCUAAAUAGAAGGAUUUUACUGUAUAUCUGACCUGGGGGUGCUUGAUAAUCCUUCUAGCUGUCAAAGUUUUUUUUAAAAAUGUUCCAUCUUAACACAGAUAUUCCUCAUUUUGUUGAGCACAAGAUUCUCCAACAAAAGAUUAUAGGGCAAAUUUCUAGUUGAUUGUUGUGUGAUAUGUAUUUUAACAUUAAAUUAUUUAUCAUGGAUAAUAAAACCAAUUUUUUUCAUUAGAAAUUAAUUUAAUGUUUGGCUUUUUUUCCUUUGCUUGUAUGCACAAAAGUUGUAGCUAUCACUACUGAAAUUUUCUGAAGAGUGCCCAUUGUAAAUCAAUUCAAGGACCUAAUAAUAAAUAUCUAAGAUUUUG